AUGGCCACACCGCAGUCCAUGAAACCUGCGCCCUCGCAACAGGGCAAGACCCCUCAGCAGUCGUACCAUGGCGCGACUGGUACUCCAGGCGCCUCGGCUUCGACCCCGUACUCGAAUCUACACGCCUUCUCCCCUCAUGGGCCAAGAUCGUCGCCGCAGCAAAUCAAGAAGUCGCCUGCGACAACUGGCACGUUGAUGGGAUCCAACAGUCAGGCUGGCCCUGCGCCCAUGAACUUCGACAGCCCCUCCGCCGCAGCCUUCAUGGCUAGCUUCGAUGCGUCUUUGGUAGACAAUAUGGGGAUCACAUCGAUGGGCAUGCCGCGGCCCAGUGGUGAUGAGGAAAGGCAAAAGAGACUUCAUGAUGUGAUACAUAUUUUGAGGGUGCGAACUCGAUCAUGGCCCCCCGGGGCGUGGCUGGAGAAUGAGCUAACAGUUCCGCAGCAAAAGAAGGGUAUUGUCAGCGACGAGGGCCUGGAAAGACUGACUAAGAGGGUCGGACUAGAGUGCUUGUGGGAAGACGACAAAGCCAUCAGGACGUUUGUCGUUGCGGGAGCAACAAUUUCAUUAGACAUUGGCAUGAAAGACCAUGUUGCGCAGAAAGUCGAGCUCAACUUUACUGUGUCGAAGCCCUCCGUGACGAAACACGCGAGCAAGGCUGAGGCCAUUCUUGUCGAUGACCUGAAAUUGGCACCUGGACAACAUCCUUGGACCAAGUCCCUCGACAAGUUUGCUGCGAAUCUGGAGCGUCUCGCAGCCUUGGACAGACUGAGCGUCUUGGAUAAGGAUGGGAAGCCACAUCUUGUGACCCACGAUGCCGUAGCAGGAGUCUUUGAGAGCCUGGAAAAGUUGCAUGAAUGGGACAUCAAGCGGCUUCACGAGGACGCAGAGCUUAGUGCAAAGGGCGACGAACACAUCCGGAUCGUUGCGAUGUGUGAACGGAACGGCCGACCUGUCAUGCACGAGAGGGGGCGCGUAGGAAUGUGUUUGGACUAUUGGCGCGAGCGCAGGUUAUACAUCCCACGCAGCGAGCAAGCCAAAGAAAAUUACAAGAGUGCCAAAACCUGGGGCAUUCUGGUCGGCUGCGCGCAAAGAGAUCCCCUCUAUCCUGCCCCAGUCAGAGUGUCCAGCGAGUGGCUGGCGGAUGGCAUCGAGCUGCCAGCCACAGAUGGGCUUCAAGAGCCUAUACUGAAUUGGCAACAACCACCCGACUGCAUUUUACCCGGAGACGACGCCUCGCAGGCUCACGACGGAUUGAUGGCACUGACGGGCCCGAAGCUGCCCGAUGUCAUGUUCAUGGCCGCAUUUGAUCCACCUGUCACUCUCCCAUUCAGUGUGUGGAUAGAGAUGCGACAUGUGACAGGAGCACCGGUCGGUGACCCACCGCCGUACAUGCCAACAUUCGACAGUCUCAUAUUCCCUCCCGGGCCUGACUACAACGCAGCAGAGCCGCGAAUGAUCACAGCAACGAAAACAGUCAAAGCUUUCAACAAGGACAAGAAGCCGGCACCAAAGACGCACGAGAAUCGCCUGUUCAUACACAAGCCCGUUUACGGACAGGCCUUGACUGAGCUACCGUUCUCGCACCCCUCACAAUUGGUCGCGAUGCUCCCUACUUUGCGCCAGUAUGCUUUUCUCCAAUGUCUUCUCGACAGGGCAUUCAGCAACGGGAAUGACAAGGCAUUGGCGCCCGCGAAGACAAGGGCAGAUGAACUAGUCCAGGUGGUAACCGCCAAGGCAGACGAGUUCGAUACCUGGAUGAAUGAGGGCAAGAAGGACACAAAGACACAGGAGGAUAGCGGACAGGCGACCAUCAGCGCGUCGCCUGACCAGGGACCACUCAAGGUCGACAUCACGUUGAACGCCCACCCACAGCCGAACCCCAAGCUGCAGAUUAUGUUCCCAUACCGAGGCCGGCCCGCGCAAAUCACGGUCGACAUCGAGCGCAACGGCGUGGUCCAGGUCGAGUCGUGCAAUAUCGUCGACAACGAGGGCCGGGCGGUCGACGAGGCGGGCAACCCGGUCGAGGGCGCGGCGCCGAACCCGGCAUGGAGCAGGGACCGCCUGGGCCGCCGGCUGAUGUUCUUGGAAGACAUUGGGCUCUGGUGCGAAUGGAUACGGACUAAUGUCGGGCCCUAG